AUGGCGUUUACACUCUAUUCUCUCAUCCAGACUGCUAUUCUCUGCACUAAUGCCAUUGCAGUUUUGCACGAAGAAAGGUUCCUCAGCAAAAUUGGUUCGGGUGUUGACCAGGGGGUCACAGGCUUUGGAGAUGACCCUGGAAUCAAAUCCCAAGUCCUCAAUCUCAUCCGCUCAGUCCGAACAAUCAUGAGAGUGCCUCUUAUAAUUGUGAAUUCAGUCUCCAUCGUCCUGCUGUUGCUUUUUGGAUGA